AGGUAGGAAGAGAGAGAAAGAGAGAGUGAGACAGGUAGGAAGAGAGAGAAAGAGAGUGAGAUAUAUGGGUCAAUGACAAAUAUGAAUUUCGAUCUUCGUGUUUUUAUGAAUAUAAUCUUUAAUCUUUCAUGCUGAUUGUUUUUAUAUUUUUUAUUGUAUUUAUGAAUAAUGUAUUAUUUAAUUUAGAGUUAACACAUAUUUCUCACCGUUUUAUCUCAAACAAAUAAAUUACUUACAUUAAAAAGUUUUUGUAUGUUUUGAAAAUACUGUGUGAUUUUUCAUUUGUAAUUUUGUUUAAAGUUGAAGAAAUAAAUAAAAACCAGAAAUUUAUUUUAUUCUGAUACUUUCGAGGUUAAAAGGUUUUGUUUGAGUUUAAUUUUCCUCAGAAUUUUAUAUUUUAGAUUAAAAACUUUGGACUGAAACCAGCUUCCAUGACAUUAUUGGGAUAUUGUUAAAAAUAUAAACUUAAUAAAUAAAUUCUUCGUGAAAUUAAUUUUUUUUAUUGUAACAGUUUAUAUUUAGUUGCACUGAGCGUCAGUGAUUUAUUUCUCUGUUAUGACGGGUGUUAUACAGGACGAUAACUGUGUUAGCAUUCCACCUUAAACUCAAGAUUUCAACUUUACAUUUUUAAAUAAAAUUUUCACAAAUAUUAUAAUUUUAUGUUCAUUAUUUAUAACUAAACACACACUCGUUUUUUUGUCUUGUCCUCCUGAUAAAAUGUAUUUUUCUUGUUGCUAGGCAACAAAAUGACUUUUGACACUCACUCACACUCUGCUGACGUUUCAGAAAAUUAAAAAACAGCUAAUUUUAUAAACAGAAUUUAUUUAUUUCUAAAUUAAUAAAUUGUUGCUUUAAAUAAUGUCUUUAAAUAUUUUCUGUCUUUAUCAACAAAAUCUUAAUAAUAGAUAAACGAUCCCUAAUAGAGGUAUUAUAAUGAUUUCUCAUUUCUUAAUUUCAAAAAUGUUCUUUGAGAAAAGUAAAAUUUAGUAAAACUCUAUAAUAUAGUUAAAUGUAAAUGUUUUAUUAACGGUAAUGUGAUGUCAUUGACCCAUAUAGUGUAUAUAUUUAUUACAGAGAGUGAGACAGAUCAGUAGAGAGAAAGAGAGACAGAUAUACAUUACAUACAGAGACAGAGAGAGAGACAGGUGCGUUAAUUAAUACAGUUUUGAUAAAGAGGCUUUAAAUUAUUCAUUUAUAACCUCAUUAUUUAUUCAUGAGUUAUUGGGGGGUUCUUUCUGUCUGUCUUUCUGUCUUUCUGUCUGUCUGUUUAUUUUCGGGGACUGAGAGUGUAUUUUGUAUAUUAUAAACACUCUCACAUUGUAUUACUGUACAUAAACACUAUAUACUAUAUACUGUAGAAUCAGGGCAUACACACACACACACACACACACACACAUGUACACACACACACACACACACACGUACACGCAUAUACACACACACACGUACCUACACACACAAGCAUACACAAGCACCUAUACACACACUUACACACAUUCAUACAAACACACAUACAUACAUACAUAUAUAGAGCCACACAAACCGACAAACACACACACACACACACACACACGUGUGCUGAAAAGUGUAAUGACGGUCUCUGUACAUUAAAUUAUACUGAAACAUUAAAGGCAUUUUCUGAAA